AUGUGUCACCACGUUGCUCCUAAAUGUAUCCCACUCUCCCUCUCCUUUUAUGGGCUUCACCACAGCCCGAAGGUGUGGCCGAAACCAGAGGUGUUUGGCCCAUCCCGGUUUGCACCAGGUUCUACUCAACACAGCCGUGCUUUCCUGCCCUUCUCAGGGGGAUCCAGGAACUGCAUCGGGAAGCAGUUUGCCAUGAAUGAGAUGAAGGUGGCCGUGGCCCUGACCUUGCUUCGUUUUGAGCUGGCACUGGAUCCCUCCAGGGUCCCUGUUCCCAUUCCAAGAGUUGUGUUGAAGCCCCAGAAUGGGAUCCACUUGCAGCUCAGGAAGCUCUUGUAAUGAUUGCUGGAGACAAGGACGAGCUCUGAGGGCCCCUGCCUGCCAUCCUGCCUUGCUGUCACUCUCUCCCAUCCUUGCCUCUGUGCCCACUUCCUGCUUCUGUCUGCCCACCUGCCAGCCUACCUCAUCUCCUGCCUCCUGCCCA